UGGGCGGAUGCGAAUCACGUAACUACCGUAACUGCAGCAGAGCACAGGCACGCAAAGCCAAAAACAGAGAAACACACAUACAAAGGACUCGGAGAAUAGAAAUAGAUUCAGAAACUGAAACAAAUCUGUGAUACAAGUAGCAAAUAGCAAUGUUUAUGAAGAGAUCAAGGCAUUGGCUUUAUUUUGGACAAGGACUGACGGAAGAAGAAGAAGAAAGAGGAAUGGGAGGUCACGACGACGAUAAGAUUGAGAAAUUUUCAGUUGACGAUAGAAGCUAUUUUAGCCUCACCGAUUAUAUUCUUCCUUCUCUAGGGAAGAAUGCCGUCUCUAAUCGUCGCAUGGAGCUCCGUCGCUUCAUCAUCUCUCCUUUCGAUCCCCGUUACAGAACAUGGGACACUUUCCUGGUUUUUCUAGUUUUCUACACGUCAUGGGCGUCUCCUUUUGAAUUCGGAUUCCUUGAGUGGCCGGUUGGUGCACUUGCUAUAGUUGAUAAUGUUGUUAAUGCAUUUUUUGCCGUCGACAUUGUUUUGACCUUCUUUGUGGCAUACCUCGAUAAAUAUACUUUUCUUCUCGUUGACAACCGAAAGAAGAUUGCUUUCAGGUACGCCAAGACCUGGCUGGUGUUUGAUGUUGUCUCCACCUUUCCUUCUGAACUUCUCAGGUCUAUAUUUCCUGAUAGACUUCAAUCUUAUGGAUACUUGAGUAUGCUUCGCCUAUGGCGUCUUAGGAGAGUCAGUCGCUUUUUUGCAAGAUUGGAAAAAGAUAGAAACUUUAGCUAUUUCUGGGUUCGUUGCACGAAGCUCAUAUUUGUUACCCUCUUUGUAAUUAACAUGGCUGGCUGCUUUUUCUAUCGUCUUGCUAUAACUUAUUAUGACCCAACAAAGACAUGGAUCGGAUCCGUAUGGAAUGAUUUUGAGCAGCACAGCUUGUCUACCCGUUAUGUGACAUCACUUUACUGGUCAAUAACCACACUCACUACCACUGGCUAUGGUGAUCUCCAUGCAGUAAAUGAAAGAGAGAUGAUUUUUACAAUGUUCUACAUGAUGUUUGAUCUGGGGCUCACAUCAUAUUUAAUUGGAAAUAUGACCAACUUGGUUGUCCAUGCAACGAGUCGAACAAGGAAAUUUAGAGACACUAUCCAAGCUGCAUCAAGUUUUGCACAGAGGAACCAACUGCCUGUUCGCCUGCAAGAUCAGAUGCUUGCUCAUUUGAGUUUGAAGUACAGAACUGAUUCAGAGGGUCUGCAUCAGCAAGAGACUAUUGAUUCCCUUCCAAAGGCCAUUCGAUCAAGCAUUGCCAACUAUCUUUUCUAUAACUUUGUGAAUGAGGUUUACUUGUUUAAAGGGGUAUCAAAUGACUUACUUUUCCAACUGGUUGCAGAGAUGAAGGCUGAGUACUUUCCUCCUAAAGAAGAUGUGAUUUUACAGAAUGAAGCACCCACAGACAUGUACAUAUUGAUCACUGGCGCUGUGGAACUUAUUGUGCCAAGGGGGCCAACAGAGCAGGUUGUUGGAGAGGCAAAGACAGGAGAUGUUGUUGGUGAGAUUGGUCUGCUGUGUUACAGGCCACAAAUGUUCACAGUUCGGACCAAACGAUUGAGUCAGCUACUGCGUCUGAACCGUACUGCAUUUUUAAAUAUUGUUCAGGCAAGUGUUGGAGAUGGGACGAUAAUCAUGAACAAUCUUCUUCAGCAUUUGAAAGAGUUGAACGAUCCAAUGAUGGAAGGAAUUUUGGCAGAAACUGAGCGCAUGCUGGCUCAUGGGAGAAUGGACCUGCCUCUUAAUUUAUGCUUUGCAGCUAUGAGAGGUGAUGAUCUAUUGUUGCAUCAGUUGCUUAAAAGGGGUUUAGAUCCGAAUGAUUUGGAUGAGAAUGGACGGACAGCAUUGCACAUUGCAGCUUCAAAUGGGAGUGAACAUUGUGUAGUCCUCCUUCUAGAGUAUGGAGCUGAUCCUAAUAAGAAAGAUUCAGAAGGAAAUGUUCCCCUUUGGGAAGCAUUACUGGGGAAACAUGAAUCUGUUGUUAAACUUCUUGUAGACAAUGGUGCAACCAUAUCUUCUGGAGAUGUGGGUCAAUUCACAUUGGCAGCCAUUGAGCAAAAUAACUUGGAUUUGCUCAAGGAAAUUGUCAAUUAUGGCGGAGAUGUGACAUUGCUCACAAGCAGUGGAAAUAUACCAUUUCAUUCAGCAAUAUCUGGAGGAAACACUGAAAUAGUUCAGUUCCUUUUAGACCAAGGAGCUGAUGUCGAUAGGCCAGAUGUUCAUGGAUUGACAGCAAGGGGCUUGGCAGAUCAUCAGGGUCAAGAAGAAAUUCAAGCUUUGAUCAGAACAAGGCAAGAGACGGAAAAAAAACAAGUUCCCACAAUGCCACUGCAGCAGCAGCAGGGGAAGCUGCAUCUUUGGAAGACUAUUGCAAAAUGUGGCAAUGAACCUUCAACACCUCGACCUUCAACACCUCUACCUUCAAACAAGGAUGUUAUGCCAGCGUCCCCCGGAGUGAUAUUGACUGAUAAUCGUCAGAGGAGAAAGGUUAGCCCUUUCCACAAUUCGCUUCUUGGGAUCAUGUCAGCUGCGAAUGCUGGUGACCAUGAAAUGAUAUCAUCUCCAAGUGGGGCUGCUGCUGCCGGUGCUGGUUUUACAAGUUUGAGCUAUCCAGCUAGAGUGACUAUUAGUUGCCCAGAAAAAGGUGAAGUUGAAGGAAAGCUUAUUCUGUUGCCAAAGUCAAUUCAAGAACUACUCGACAUUGGUGCCAAAAAAUUUGGAUUCUUCCCCACCAGAAUUCUAACCAAAGAAGGUGCCGAAAUUGAGGAUUUGGAGCUCAUUAGAGACGGUGAUCAUCUUGUUCUUGCGAGCAAUGGCUGAAGGACUUAGAGAUUGGGAUUUGGGAUGAUCACUAAAAUGUCAUAUCUGCUCCUGAAGUUUUAUGAAGUAUUGCCAUAUGAUCACCUGUUGAAUUUGGAGAAUACAUUGAAGUUCUUACUCCUUAUGUUACUGUUCUUUUCUCUCUUUCUCAUUUUUCAUUUUUUUUUUUUCUCGAGUUUGAUGUAUAAAGUUGAUGAAAGGGUAUGGACUGGGAGCUAUACGAUUUGAUUAUCCGCAAAUAUUGUAGAAAAGUUCAAGAGGCCUUGGGAAAUACAAGUGAUGGAGAUAUGAUAUGGUGAUUUGAAGAAGAAGGUUUGCAUAGUUUCUUUUGAGAGUCUUUUUGUUGGUGGAGAAAAUGGCAACUGCAAGAUUGUAACAUGAUCAUUACAAUAACUCAUUUUCCUUUUUACUUCAAUGUGAGAGCUUCAUAGCCAAAUAAUAAUCAAUGGGUUAUACAUGGAAAGAGUUAUUUUUUA